AUGCUCUCGGCUCUGCUCAACCAGACGAACAGGAGUACAUCUACCUCCUGCAUCAUGGAGACCUCAGUCGAAAAGAGCAUGUAUCCAGCUGUCUAUUCUCUGUUUUUUAUCGUGGGCUUUCCGGCCAACUGCCUGACUCUGUAUGUAGCCUGGAUGCUGAUGAGGAAUGGGAACAACAUAGCGGUCUACCUCUUCAGCCUGUCCAUCUCUGACCUGCUCUACACAAUUUCUCUGCCUGUGUGGAUUGAGCUGGCCCUGCAGAGGCCUGUGCGUCAUCUCUGCAGUUUAGUGGCUGUGAUCAUGUACAACAGCUUUUACGUCGGCUCAGGCCUCCUUUGCUGCAUCUCUGUUGAUCGCUAUCUGGCAGUGGUCUAUCCUCUCCACUUUCACUGGGUUCGAGAGAUGCAGACAGCUGCCGUUGUGUGUAUUGGUGUUUGGAGUUUGGAGAUUGCCAUCCAUAUCAUCUUGUUUAACCAUACGGUGGCGCUGCAAGCUUUCUCCUCCAGAGACUUGUGUGAUGAGCGAAUACCCAUGACGCAAGAAGAUGCCAACCUCGCUCUUACACGAGUCACUCUGGGUUUCUUGGUCCCCAUCUUCAUCAUGACCUUUUGUUUUCAGCAGAUCAUGCGGUCACUCCGAAAGAGCACCUCCAUCCUAACGGGGGAGCGCAGGAAAGUGGGACUGCUGUUGUCGUUCCUUCUUAUAACCUACAUAGUGGCCUUUAUGCCCUACCAGACUGUCAUGUUGCUCAGGGUCAUACUGGAGCCUGGGUCCUGCGUCUGGGCCACGAGGCUCAGAGAUCCGUACCUGGUCACAGUUGCCACGACCACCAUCAACAGUACUCUGGAUCCUAUAAUAUACUGUUUAAUCAGUGACAGCGCUCAGAAAGAGAUUAAGAAAGCUCUAGAGAAUUGUUACAGAGUUUUUGUGAGGAGGAAAGGGUCCGAGAGGUCGAAUGGAAUUCAAUUCAUUUCCUGA